UAGAUUUUUGCGACAGGUGGCGAAUUGUGGAUGUUUAGUGAAUGUUUGUUGUUUUUGUGGUUUAAUGUUAUUGAUUGUGAUGAAAUAGUUAUGAAUUGUAGAAAAGUGUAAUAUUAAUUUUAAAAUGGGGAUAUUUAUGUCCUGUUGUAAACCCUCGGCGUCGGACGUGAUAACUCCAGAUGCCGAGACAAGACGACGUCAGCAAGUGGAGGCAGCGGAGAAGAGGAGAGCCGAGGAGGCAGCUCGCGGUGUGAAGGACCCGGAGAGAGUGAAGCGCAUGCAGCAGAGGGCUGAGGAGAUGGAGCGCAGGGAGCAGGAACUCCAGAAGGAUGGGGGAGCUACCCUGAAGUGGACGGCCGACUGAGAUGAGGCCCCAGGGGAGGGGGGAAGCAGUCAGCAAACGAAAAAUGACAAAUACAAAUACAAAAAUUGAUGUUCUCAACUCACACUGUCAGCGUAAUUUGAGUUGGCACAUUCAAAACAACAGUUAUCCUUUAUCUGAUGUGCCAACUCAUACGCUAAAUAUGAAGCUUGCUACUUAGUUUUUAAGUUGCUGAAAUCAAAGUUAUAGUUUUGUUGAUUUUUAUAAUUAUUGUUACAUUUAUUUAAUAUUAUAUUUCAAACUCUAGUUAUAUUAUUUAAUUCCAUAUUAAAUGUAUUUGUUCAUAAUUAUGUUAGUAUGUGUUUAAACUAGGUAUAUUACAUUCAUUAUUAUGGGUACUCACAUAUACACUGCAAGUUAAGUUAUCAAUGUGACUUAAAGUAUGGCACAUUACAUAUAAGCUAGCUGUUGCCAUGCUUCUUCAUCCGCAAAAAAA